AUGGAUUCUCAUGCCUUGCAAGACUUCCAGAGUGCACUCACAUGCUCCAUUUGUGUGAAUUACUUCUUAGAACCCAUCACCAUAGACUGUGGACACACCUUUUGCCGACCCUGCCUCUACUUCUGCUGGGAGGAAGCCCAAACACCCAGGUGCUGCCCUGAGUGCAGAAAAAUAGCAGAGAAGACAGACUACAGGACCAACACUGCCCUGAAGAAGCUGGCCUCUCUCGCCAGACAGGCCAGACCUCGCUCUGUCAGCAGCUCUGGGGAGCAGCUCUGCAGGAGAAACGGGGAGACAAAGCGGCUCUUCUGUGAGUUGGACAAGAGUCUGCUCUCUGCACCCUGCUCUGAAUCACCGGAAUACCCAGUUCAUAGCUACAGCCCACUUGCCUGCGUGGCAGAGGAGAACAGGGUGAGUGAUGAGAAAAUUGUAAAGAAAAUGGAUCCUUUAUGGCAAAAGACUAAGGAGAUGCAAGAUAAUCUAAAUAAAGAAAUUAGAAAAUCUGAGUCCUUUGUGGACUAUGUAGUUUUAAGGAGGAACAUGAUCAAAGUUCAAUAUCAAAUGAUGCAUCCAUUUCUCCUUGAAGAGGAGAGAUUUCAACUGGAGACACUAGAAAGAGAAGCACAGGAAAUUUUACAGCAGCUCAGAGACAGUGGAAUCAGAAUAGAUCAACACAGAGAAAAGCUGAAGGAAAUGUACAGAGAGCUUACUGAGUUGUACCACAAAUCUGACAUGGAGUUGCUCCAGGACUUAGGGGACAUAUUUGAAAGAAUCGAGUUGCUGGAGAUGCAGAAGCUCUAGCCAGUGAACCCAGAGCUCUCUUCAUUACACAUCACUGGAAUCUUGGAUAUGCUGAACAAGUUCCGAGUACACAAUGAACUUAUUCAAGGAUGGGCCAAUCGCUAUAUGAGUCUUCCUGAUGAAGUUAGAAAUAGGAUAUUUGGAGGUGAUGGUGCAACUGAAAAUCCCCAGACACUGGAGAGUUAUGUUAUAUGGGGUGUUGAGGCCUUUAACUCUGGUAAACACUAUUGGGAGGUGGAUGUGGGGAACACCUCCAACUGGAUUAUAGGUGUGUGUAAAGAUUUUACAAGUGACAGUUUUGAAGGUAAGAAAGGUUUUGUCUUAUUUUCCUCGAAGAAGAACAAUCACUGUAUUCUCUCCACCAACUCUCCUUCUUUAAUUCAUUAUUUGCAAAGGCCUGCAGGUCGAGUUGGAGUAUUUCUUGAUUAUGAAAAUGAAACUCUGAGCUUCUAUGAUGUUUGCCGAGGUUCCCUCAUUUACAGUUUCUUUUCUUCCUCCUUCACAUCCCCUCUAACUCCUUUUCUUGUCUUUGGUUCUCCAUAA